AUAAUACAAAGAUUUAGUUUAGUAGAACUCCUUCUCUCUCUUUCUUCUUGCACGGACGAAACUCCCCAGAAGCAACCCACGUUGCUGUCUAGGGUUUCUCGUUCCUUGUUCUCCAAGGGUCCUUAUCAUCUGGUGCUUUCAUUGCCGUUCUCAUGUCUAUGCCAACACCUGAGACGCCGGCCCAAGGUGCCAUCACCAUGGACGAUCUGCUACAAGCCAUCAACAACCUCAGCGCAGAACUCCAGACGACGAAAGGCCAAGUAGCGGCUUUAGCCGCAACAGCUCCGCAUGGCGAGCCUCGCUGGAACCGACCUCCCGGCACGGGGUGGCGACCACCACCAAACCGCCCUCCUAACGGUGGGCACAACACCGAGGCUAUUCCACGCAUGCGCGUGGAGGCACCACGCUUCAACGGGGACGAUCCGGCCGGUUGGAUCUUCCGGAUUCAAACUUAUUUCGAUUAUUUUCUCACGCCCGAGGGUGAACGAUUACAACUGGUUGCUAUGCUCAUUGAUUACCCAGCCUCGGAUUGGUUUCGUUACUACCAAACCAAUAAUUGUGGCACGAGUUGGGAAGCGUUUCUGAUUGCCGUACGGCAACGCUUUGACCCGGAUUAUUAUGAGAAUUACAUUGGAUCACUUUCUAAAUUGCAUCAGACCACUUCGGUCCUGGCCUACCAAUCCGCUUUUGAGACCAUCCUCAACAAGAUCGCCGGUGUGCCGGAACCAACGCUAAUUGCCAUGUACGUUUUGGGGUUACGUCAACCAGUACAACGAGAAGUUAAUUUGCGUAAUCCCCAAACUCUUCAAGAGGCUUUUGGACUGGCCAGAGAAUUGUCAGCAACUCACCAGGAUUCUUCUGCCUUCCGCCGACCAUGGCCUACCCGUCAGCCGGGCCUGGGGUCCUCGGGAGUCACGCAAGUCAGCCCACCCACGACCACCACAUGGACGCAGGUUACCACACCUGCCCCAGCACAGCCGCUGCCUAUCAUCAAGGUCACACAAGCACAGAAGAAUGAACGGAGCAAAAAAGGGUUGUGUUGGUACUGUGAGGAAAAGUGGACACCCGGUCACAAUUGUAAGAGUCGUUUCCUCGCUUACAUGGGGCCUGAUGACGACGACCCUUCCAAUGAGGUCGAAUUAGACAGUCCUCCGGAGGUCGACGAUGCGGUCAUCUUAGUCGACGUUUCCAGUCUGCAUUCCUUGGCCGGUAGUCCGAGCCCACGGGCUCUCAAGCUGGUCGGAUCCGUCAAUAACCAGGAAGUGAAUGUCCUUUUGGACUCGGGUAGCACGCACAACUUUGUCCAUCCGGCGGUGGCAGAGCGCUUGGCCUUGGUACUUCAUCCAGUUCCCCCGUUUCGCGUCUAUGUAGGAAACGGGGACUCGCUGCGUUGCGCAUACUCCUGCCCACGCACGCCGCUGUUGUUACAAGGUACUCUUUUUGAAGUUGACUUAUUUCUUUUGGAAAUCCAUGGGCCCGAUGUUGUCCUCGGUGUUCAGUGGCUUCAAACAUUGGGGAAGGAGCGGGCAGAAGUUCUGGAGGAUAUUCGCACAAAUCUCACAAAAAUGCAACAACAAAUGCGCGAAAGGGCCAAUUCACACCGUCGGGACGUCACUUUUCAGGUGGGCGACCAAGUCCUUCUCAAGAUACAACAGUAUCGCCAGCACUCUCUCGCCCGUCCACGUUCAUCCAAACUUGCUCGGCGUUAUUAUGGGCCAUUUGAGGUGAUCGAGCGCAUUGGUCCAGUAGCAUAUCGCCUUCGCCUCCCCGACGGCUGCCGCAUCCAUGAUGUCUUCCACGUCUCUCUAUUACGGCCAUUUGUCUCCGGCCACCAGCAGCUGCCUAGUCCUUCCCUACCGGCUGAUCUGUUGCGUGGACGCGAGGUGGCAGUACCUCUUUCUGUUGGCAUGCGCCGUACAGUGCUUGACAACGGCAAACUACAAGAACAAUGCCUCGUUCGUUGGUCCGAUGAUGGCGGUGCACUGACCACAUGGGAGCCCAUCGAACACUUACGCACACAUUUUCCAGAUCUCGACCUUGAGGACAAGGCCGUUCUCAACCCCGGGGGAGUUGAUACGAGCCUAACGUUGCACGAGGAGUUAUCGGAUACGGGCCAUGAUGCUAUUCCUACAACACGUGAAGACCAUGCAGAUUGUGAAGAGGAACGUGAAGAAGUCCAACAGACCGGACGGCCGAAGAGGAACACACGACGACCUCAACGUUACGAGGAUUACGUUUAAUAAUUUUUAUGUUUACUUUAUAUUUUCCAAAUUUGUAAAAUAUGACUAAAAAGUCAAAAAGGGAAGAUUAUUUAGGGUAGAGAUAAUAUAACUAGAAAAAAAUAUAAAAUAAUAUGAGGUAUUGAAU